GCUUACCGCUAAAAGGGCUAAUAGGUAGAGAUCCUUAACGAGUACCUUCAAAAGGCCCAAUACACACAACAUGGGCCUAUGAAUACGGAUCCAAUCUAUAACCCGACCCGAUGAUUGUUGUUGACACGGAGAGUGUGAGAGACUCGGCGGAAGAGAGGUUGUUUUGACAGAUUCUCUCUGCCUGUGUUCUCUCCGACGCUUCUUAGGGUUUCGAGGAAGCGAUGAUAACGAGAUCGAAUCUAGCGGAGCAGCUCAGGGAAUAUCAGAUUCGAUCAAAGCAUGAUUGGGCCUCCGUCUCUUUCUUCUCUUCCACCUCCAAUUUCUCUUCUUCCAGGGUCCAUGUGGUCUUUGUCAUUUGGGAGCUGGUGAUCUUACUACUCCUGGUGUGUUCAGCAGUAUCCUUGUUCCUCAAGCGGUUGCAACUUGCAUUCAUCCUGGUUUGUGUCGGCUUGCUUUUGCUCUUCUGUAUGAAAAUUCUAAAGCAAGCGAGACUAGCUAGGAAUAAGAAGCGGAGGAUGCUUCUUCCGCUCUCUAUGUAAAAGGAAGGAGCAGCAAGUGUAAACCUCUUUUUAUAUUCUUACACAACCAUGACCAACUCUUUUCUCUGUGGCACGAAUACUGAUGAAGACAGACAGUUAAGGUCAGACUUUUGUCUCUGGUAGCUUCUGUCCUUUUGAAGAAUAGACCUGAUAUUGGAAACCAGGUGAUGGAUGGGUGCUGCUAUUCCAGGGCUUAGCUUAGACAAAUCAGAGCGCUACUUAACUCGGAACUAAAGUGGUUCAAAAUAUUGUUUUUUUUUUUAAUUCUCCUGUAUAUGGUGGUUUUGAAAUUAAGACAUGUUAGUCCGCAUACACUACAUUCAAAAGCAACAGUUUUAGAUUUUGAGAGAA